AUGUGGUGGGUGCUGUGGGUUCUCGCCACCUUGCUGGCUCUCUUCUGCAUCGUGGAUGUGUGGUACUUCGUGCGGGCGGCCGCAGAGAUCUUGCGGGCCUGGUUUCAGCCUCCAGUCUGGGACGUCACAGCGGAGCAGGUCCUGUCAGGCCGGGUCUCCCCACGGGACAUCGACAUGUGCCACAUGAACAAUGCCCGAUACCUGCGGGAGUGCGACUUCGCCCGCUUCUCUCUCUACACACGUAACGGCGUCUUCAAAGCAACGCGGGCCCUCAAAGCUAACAUGGUUGUGGGGGCCACCACCAUUCGUUACCGCAGGGCCCUCUAUAUAGGAGAGGGUUACGAGCUGCGCAGUCGGAUCGUAACGUGGGACGACAAAGCCUUCUUCCUGGAGCAGAGAUUCGUGUCAACAAAAGACGGCUUGGUGUGCGCUGUCAUGUACUGUAAGCAGAGUGUGAUACGCAGCAGCCCAGACAAGAUCCUGCAGCACCUGUGCAAAAGGAAGGUGGAGAGACCAGAGUUUCCAGAGGAUCUGCAGCACUGGGUUAACUUCAUCUCUGCCAGCAGCCAGGCCCUCAGAGCUGAGAGUGGUCUAGAGGAAAAAGACAAAUAAAGAGUUGAACGGACAGCUAACAUUUUGUAAACCUUAGAUUUCACCAGUCCAAGAGAGACAUUUGUCUUUCCUGCACAAUUACUUGACGAAUGCACAGCUGUGCCUACACUUUGCACUGAGGGUUUAAAAAUAAGCUUUAAUUGUUUACACUGGAAUAACACUAUUUAGAGCUUUGAGGGCUGGAAGUGUCGAUGAACGAUAUUUGUAAUGGAGAAGAUUUUGGACUGCAUAAUUUGUAUCUUUUAGCAACAACAAGGAAAAAGUUAGUUUUUACUGUAUCCAAAGGUGAAGCGAUGACCUCAGCACAUUUAUCAGUGCUAAAAAUUACAAAUAAGAAAAAAAAAAUCCCCCUUCAUGUUUUCCUGAUUCCUUGUUUUUAUGGUGAUUAAAAUUAAAUUGACCAAAGUUGUGUUGCAUCUACUUUUUUCAAAGAUGGCCACUAUAAAAUGUCCUGAAGAAUGCAGUGAU